UGGGCGGGCAUUGUUGCCGGGGUUUGUUGUGAAUGCGUACGGCGUUUGUAACCCCAAAGCCGGAGUGAUCGGUCUGUUGUUCUUAAGUUGCAAACCGAUCUGCCGAAUUGUGACCGCGAUUAAAACAAAGGUUUUGCUAAAUAUAAGUGGAGAGUGCACCUUCCUCGGUGCCAGGCCUGGAGUGUGACAAGGCGGUGGGGUGUUCGUUCUCCAUGUCUGUCCGCAACGGGUCGGCCAGCAAUGUGGAUUGCCCUAUAUCAAAGGAGCGCUGCAUCCAGGAUGAUUUGGAACUAACUGAGCUGGGGCCUCUGCUGGAGGGGCCAGGGCAACCUGCAGCUCCAAAACGGGUCGCCUCAGCGGAGCCCACUGUUCUCACUGAGGAUGAGGAGGAGGACGAAGGGGCGCGGGUGAUGACAUUGCCUCUGCAGGCUCACCACGCUAUGGAGAAGAUGGAGGAGUUCGUGUACAAGGUCUGGGAGGGGCGCUGGCGGGUCAUCCCAUACCAUGUGCUUCCGGAGUGGCUGAAGGACAAUGAUUACCUGCUGCACGGGCAUCGGCCGCCCAUGCCCUCCUUCCGCGCCUGCUUUGGCAGCAUCUUCAGAAUACACACAGAAACGGGAAACAUCUGGACACACCUGCUGGGGCUCAUCUUGUUCUUGUGCCUGGGCACACUCACCAUGCUGCGCCCUAGCAUGUACUUCUUGGCCCCCCUGCAAGAGAAGGUGGUAUUCGGCAUGUUUUUCCUGGGUGCUGUGCUCUGUCUCAGCUUCUCCUGGCUCUUCCACACCGUGUACUGCCACUCCGAGAAAGUGUCCCGCACGUUCUCCAAGCUGGACUACUCGGGAAUCGCACUCCUCAUCAUGGGCUCCUUUGUGCCCUGGCUCUACUAUUCAUUCUACUGCUCCCCGCAGCCUCGCCUCAUCUACCUCUCCAUUGUGUGCGUGCUGGGCAUUGCCGCUAUCAUCGUAGCCCAGUGGGACCGCUUUUCCACGCCCCGGCAUCGCCCUACCAGAGCAGGAGUGUUCAUGGGCUUAGGCUUGAGUGGCAUCGUACCCACGAUGCACUUCACUGUUGCGGAGGGCUUUGUGAAGGCCACCACGGUUGGCCAGAUGGGCUGGUUUUACUUGAUGGGUGCCCUCUACAUCACGGGCGCUGGCCUGUAUGCCGCACGGAUACCAGAGCGUUACUUCCCAGGAAAGUGUGACAUCUGGUUCCAGUCGCACCAGAUCUUCCAUGUGCUCGUGGUAGCGGCUGCCUUCAUCCACUUCUACGGUGUGUCCAACCUGCAGGAAUUCCGUUACGGGCUGGAGGGGGGCUGUACUGAUGACACCUUGCUCUAAUAAUGCAGCCCUCCUCCAAACCCACCACCCCUGCUCUCCACCCACACCUGUGCCUCUCCAUCACGGCUCUCAGACCACCCCAAGGUGCCAGUGGAACAGAUGAUCGCCAGGUCGACACAGAGACACUGCUGCUCUGCCCGCCCCUAUAUCCUGUCAUGUCUGUCUUUUUGACGAUGGCCUGUACUGCAUUUUAUUGCCACACUGGUUAUGCCUCUUCCUUUUUAUUUGGCGUAGUUUUGUAAAUAUAGUGCACUGGGGACCUCUGCUGACUCGAAAUAAGGCAACUGAGCUUAGCAUUAGCUAGGAGUGGCCAGUCUUAUCUGCAAAGGGCAAUGUGAAUGCAGGUUUUUGGGAUAACCUUUAAGUCAGCUGAUCAAACCCAGGUGUGAGGACUCUUCAGCCAAUCAGUCCUCUAAUUAGUAAUCUAAUUAGGGAGUUGCAGCAAAGACCUGCAUACACAAUGGCCCUUUCCGGAUAGGAAUGGCCACUCCUAGCAUAAGCCCCACAGCAGAGGAUGUAACACUAUCCUAAAACAAUGUCAUUGGUGGUAGCGGGGGACACUUUACAAAGCAAACCACAAGGGUUCCAAAAUAAUCUUAGACCUCAGGUUUUGCUUUCAGUCCACACUCUGGAUCCCAUGACUCGUGAGCUCCCUAGUUCUCUGACUUUUCGAAGCGGAGGAGAUGUUUACCUGGCAAGUAUAAUACAAUAUAAAUUUUCAGCGCAGCCCAUUGCAUGCCUUACAGUCUGCCGUUUGCCGCUUCAUUAAAAUGUCAUGCACAUUCUAAACAUUCAGUUCUUGUUGCACCAUAUCCUAUCACUAAGGUGUAUUUGUUAAUGAUACAAGCUCAUUUAUGUUAUCUUCCAUUACUCCUGUACUAUCUGGUGUUGAGUGUACUUUUCAAACCCUUUAUAAUCUUCCUUCUACAAAUGAUAGACAGGUAACUAAUAAAAUGCAGACCACAAUUAAGAACAGUAGCUAGACUUAGUGGCCGAGGUCUGUUUAUCCAUUUCUGGGGGGUGAAACUGACAAUCUCUCUGUGGUCAUAACUUCACAGUUUGUGUGUAGAUGGGUCAGAGCUGUAAUUAUAAAUAAUUGUAAUUGCACUUGAUGUGAUGUUUCAGAUUAAAGGUCAGGGAUUCAAAGGUUGUGCAAGAAGAACUUGGGUAUGGUAAAUCAUAUCAAAGAGGUUGUGUGAGUUAUCUGGGGGGCAUGUAAAAUUAGCGGUUUAAUUAUUUUGAUUUUAAUUUUAAUUGUAUUAGUGGAGUUCCCACAAACAAAAUGAGAGCCAAAUUUGACUCCGCUAAUGGGUGAGUCGAAGUGUCACUGCGGUAUUUAGAGUAAACAAGGCACCUGUGAACUCCCUGUAAACUGCUUAGCAGAGAUGGAAAGUUCAAGUUCAGAAAGUAUAAAUCCAGACCAAGAUUUUGUUUCAACCAACCAGUUGAGUUCACAGUGAAUGUGAAUCUUUGUAAAGAUUUGUACUUUCUGAAGCUUAACUUUACACCUCUGCUAAAAAGUAGAAGGAAUCCAGGUUGUAAGAUGUAAGGGAGCCCCUACAUAGACCACAGCUGAUUGGUCUCACUUUGUAAUGGCCAAAAAAUAGUUUGCAGUGUGUACCCAGCUUAUUUGGAAAAGGGGCAAGCUAGGAUUUGAACGAUUUUGAAAAAUAAAAGUAAUGUUGGAGAACCUGAAAUACAUUUAGCUCCACACUAACUAAUUGGCUCCUUUUUCAGUCGUACAUAAUGUAACCGCCUACAAGAAAUGUUUCUGCUUUGUGUAUUAUUAGGAAUGACAAAUUACUGAACUGUUACAGGUAUCUUCUACAAAAUGCUGGAGGAGGCAGUGGGGCUUGGUGGGAGGAGAAAGGGCUAUCUCAGAUGAGAUUUAGCCUGGCUGAAUUACCACAAGGCAGGGGAAGGUGCCACAUUGGAAACAAGGCCCCCUUUAUGAGCGCUUAUACAAAACUGGCUGUGGAAUUCAACAGGUAUCUGUAUUUCAUGUUGGGAGACAGUCACUAAAAUUAUAAUUGAAAAAAUGUCCCAUAUUUUCCCAAUGCGCACACAAUAUUUAAUAAUACUUGGUGAAGAUCCUCAUCAUUAUCAAUCUUCCUACAGGUUAUCCUGGUCAGAGCCAUCAUACCCUAAUCAUGCCGUCCUCAGCCUCUUCGGUAUUAAUUUUGAAAUAUGGCUCACUUGAUAUUAACUAUAACAAAGUAAUGUACAAUGCAGCUAAUAUCUGGUAAGGUCUAAUAAGAAGUGCUACACGGAUACAUUUUGUCCCUUAGUAUUCCUGUGCCUUAGGCUAUUAAAAAAAAGACAGUUGAUGUUAAAAGGGUUUCUUUUAGUAUGACUAAAAAGUGGAAGAUAAGGGUACAAUCUGGGAUUAAGUAUAACAUUAGGUCAUUUUUGAACUAGAUUGCUGGAAAUGUAAUUUUGUUUAUAAUUCCUAUUUUAAAGCCGCAACAAUUAUGUUUAUUUCCAUUUGCAAUAGUUUUACAAGUUAUGAUUACAGGCGGGUAGGAAACACUAAAUAUCCAUACAAUUACUAAAUUAUGUUCGUGGUGUCCUUUUGCAUUUAUCGAGAAGCUUUGUUUAUCUUAAUGAAAAUGUUACAAUAAAUAUUUAACUAUGCUAAAA